AUAUAUAUAUAUAUAUAUAUAUAUAUAUAUAUAUGUGGCCAGUGUUGUGUGUUGUUCAUCCAGAACAGUGGGUGGGCUGACUUAAUUUCUUCAAACUUUUUAUACUUGUUUAACUAUGUGUAAGUGCACGGUCAGUGUGUUUUAUGGAAGUACUUGUUUUGUAAGAAGAUUUUCAUUUUGUAAGACGUUUUCAGUCAGCCUUUAUAGCUAGGCUGAGACUGUUCAGGAAAAUUCUAUGACCUUCAGUCAGCCAUGUAAUUUAUCUGCACUUUGAGUGGCUUGAUCACUACAGACUCUUUAUCAUUCUUAUUUCAAAUUUUAGAGAAUGAUGGGUACAACUUCAGGCUUCAUAAUUUUAACUGAGCUCCAUUGGUAUGUUUCAGUUAAUGUGUGCCUCAUCCAUAAUUAAAACUGGCUGUGAACUAGAUGUGCAUGUGAGUGUUUUCUGUGCAGGUCACCAUUUGUGAAGUGCAUUGAAAGGUGACAGAGGGACAUGCUGUCAUUGAGCUGUAUAGAUUCUUGCCCCAAGGAUUCAGUGGGGAUGGAGGAAGAAGUAGUCAGUCCUGCUUCAAAGGUGAAGGACCUAACCAAAAGCAGCAGUUUCAACAACAGCAGUUCUGACAACCUGGAUGACAGCCUUACCAGUCUGCAGUGGUUGCAAGAGUUCUCUAUCCUUAGUGCCAGUGGAAGGCAACAAGUGAUUUCUACUAGCCAACAUCAGAGCAACCUCUUUGAGCAGCAGCUAGGUGGAGAAGCCCCUGCAUCUCCUCUAGCAGGCGACCUUGCCACCAUAGGGAUGCCACUGACCCCUGGUAAGCCUACAGCUACAGCAGUUCCUGCCCUGUGCACUCUACCCAGCUUGGUUGCACAUGGACACUGCCCAGAUGACGUUGACUACAAGACAAACCCUCAUGUCAAGCCACCAUACUCAUAUGCCACCCUUAUUUGCAUGGCUAUGCAGGCAAGCAAGAAAAGCAAAAUCACACUCUCUUGUAUCUAUAAAUGGAUCACUGACAACUUCUGCUACUUCCGCCAUGCUGACCCCACCUGGCAGAAUUCCAUCCGGCACAAUCUCUCACUGAACAAAUGCUUCGUAAAAGUUCCAAGGCAGAAGGAUGAGCCAGGAAAAGGUGGUUUCUGGAAAAUUGAUCCAGAAUAUGCUGAACGUCUCCUGACUGGAGCUUAUAAGAAGCGAAGGAUGCCUCCAGUACAGAUUAACCCAGCUCUUAAAAAUCAACUCAAAAUUUCACAGCCAGUCUUGACUGUGCCAAGAAAUGUCACAAGUGUUCUCCAUGUUAGUCCUGAGUCACAGCAGCUUUUACAAGAAUUUGAGGAAGUCACUGGACUUGACCAGAACUGGGAUCCUCACCUAGAAGAAACCAUUUCAUUUGAUUGCUGCAGUUCAGUAAAAGCCUGCAGAAGAAAACAGCCAUAUGGCCACCGGGCUGGAGGUAUCAAAGCUCUUUGCCGCUCUAGCUCCCCACUGCUGGCCACAGAGGAACCAAAGGUUCUUGGAUCUCUUAAGGGUAAUUUUGACUGGGAUGCUUUGCUAAAUUCGGCCCUGAACGGGGAUUUAAACCUGAAUGAGGGUGGUCCUCUAAGCCCAGUGCCACAAGAUCAGGACCUCAUAGUACAUGACAUUCAUGUUAACUCCCUGGAGGCCUCUGUCAGUACUGCAGAGAGUAGCAUGCUAAUAGAAACACAAAAGGACAGUAAUGUAGACUUUGAUGAGGAGACAUUUUUAGCAACAGAAUUUUUACAGAGUCCUUGGACAGAGGAAGAAGAGAAGAACCAUCCUGAUUUUCUUUGUACUUCUAACAUCAAUCAACUCUUUGAUCUGGGAGACUCACUCAGUGAUGACAUUGACAGUAGAAUUGAAUCUCUUCUCUGAAGAGUUUGACAGUAUCUCUUAAGACAAAUAAUAUGUAACCAAUACCAUUGAAAUAUUAUGAGGAGGUGAGAAGUUUAAGGCUGUUAUAUCCCAAAGAGUACAAACUUUGGUUCUAUAGCAUUUCCAUUUUUAUUUUUUAUAUUUGGCAAGUGAUCUACUUAAAAGCCACUGAUCAAAACUGCCACAAUAGUGGGUUCUAGCAAAAUCAAAUACUUUAUGACUGGACUGUGAAACCACAAUUGAACAACAAUGAAAUUACAGAAAGAAACAGUGCAUUAAUUAGUGACAAAAAUUAUAUCAUAAUUUUUUUGCCCAUUGUUUACAGUCUAAAUGUUCAUUUUCAACUAACUGCAAUUGAAGUCGAGUAAGAAAUCCGUAUUUGUAGCAUCUACAAAUUACAAGAACAUGUAAAUGUAAUCAUUUUUUCCAAUUGAGGUACCUGCUUAUAAGGAACAAAAUAUGCAAAUAAACAUAUACCACAAUGAUAAUA